AAACUUCACAACAAGAUUCAACAAGAGAGCUCGUUCAAAACUUUAAAUAACUGUGCAUUUAUUCAAGGAAUACGAAACUGCACAUUCAGGUUAAGUAAUUCGAUACAGUCAAGAGCAUUCUGCAAAGAACAAAUAAAGUGUGGGGUAGAAAUGUGAAUUUAUUGGAGCUAUCUUGAAUUUUUUUGUUCCAAAAUCAUAGCAAGUCUGAGGAAAGCAAACAUAGCGAGUAUGAAAUCUGGAGUGGCCUAUGAUGAUUGCUGGAUAAUUGCUGAGUACAAUCGCGGCUAUAAGCCCAGGUGUGACAGCGAUUAUUUGCGCAAGGCUUCCUUUGGUACGGGCCAGUAGCUUAAUAAACGAAUGACACCCUCAAGCAAACUGCCAGCGUUAUCAUUAUUACUGCAAUAUACACGCAUACUAUGGAAAGUAUUGGAUUAGUUUGAAGUGAAUUUGGGUUACUCUGCAAGUUUGGAUACAGUGAAGUGGAGAUUCUUACCUUAUACUUUGGUGAACUUAUUAAAAGUGUAGGGAAUGAAUGUUUAACACAAUUAAAUGUUCAUCAUAUAACUGUAUGAUGUGAAACUGUUGUUUUAUUUAUUUAUUUAUUUUUCAAGACAUUUACUUAAGAACUUUAGAAAUGGUUUUGGUUUAUACAUGGUACAUCUUGAUUUAGUUGAUAUGAACAGUUUUAUAAUACAUGUGAAAACAAUAUGUCUAUUAAUUGAGCUGAUAAGAUAAAUGGUGAAUAUUUGAGAAUUACUGAAACAAGCAACAAAUGGUAUCAAAGAAGUGCCAUCCAUGAAAUGUACAAGUAUGAUGCAAUUUCAGUCGGCUAGGUCAAUACAUCAUGUACAUAGGAUUAAUGGAUUAGACCUUAAUGAAAGUUCACCAAGGAUUAAUAAUUUAGACCUUAAUUAAAGUACAUCAAGGAUUAAUGAGUUAAACCUUAAUUAUAUAAUUAAGAGUCAAGAUGUCACUACGUGCAGUUAUACCACCGCUAUCAGUCAACAAUGGACCUUCCAAACAGAGCUAUGAAGUCCUGGAGUCAAGGCUUCGAGCGGCCGAAGACGACACCAAACAGCUGAUAGAUCAGUUGGGGGGCAUGGGCUUUGAUAAUCCAGGACCUGGGUCAGGUGAAAACGGGCGCAACUCACCGUAUCAUCAAAAUGGACGCGAUUCUCCGUAUCAGCCAGUGUCACCUUUUCGGGGACAGACAAGGAAUGUUAAUUAUAAUCAGGAAAACUUUGAGAAGUUCAAGAGCAGCUACGAGAGCCUUGUGACUCGGGUCUGUAAGAAUGAGAGUGCCCUGCAGAGCCUGAAGCUGACCCUGGUGAACCUGCAGGGGGACCAGAAGCUCAACACCAAGCAGGAUGUGAGAGAGAUGAAGGAGAAGUUCCAGUAUGCCCGGGAAGCUUACGAACAGGAAAUAGGCAAGCUCACCCGGCAGGUAGAGUAUUUGAAGGAAGAGCUGGGGUCAGAGGUGACUGCGAAGGAUAAAUGUCGGGAUGAGAUACGGGAACUACAGAGGGCACUAGAACAGUCCACGGAGACAAGGAUGGAGGCGGCCAUGACAGCGGAGGGGUUGAACAUGUCACAGGCUAAGCUUCAGAAGCGCAUCACAGAGCUGAAGGAGGAAGUGGCGCGGGAACAGAGCCUGCGCGCCAGCCUGGAGGAAUCCCACAAUACACUGCUCACGCGCGUCAGAGAAAUGGAGAGUCUUGUGGAGACUGAACGAACUGGGGUGCAGUCCCUGAGUUCAGACUACGCUCACAUCCGUAAUGACAACGAGACACUGCGAGAGCUACUGAAGGAGGAAACCAAACGCAAGCAGAUUGCCGAGAGCAGCUACAAGAUGUUGUGUGAUGACAAAGAUUCCCUGGUUGAGAAGUACCGUAGCUGUGAGGGUGAUCGGGACAUGUUGAUCACCGAGGUCUCAAAGUUGAGAGAACAGUAUGAGGAUCUCAUCAAACAGCUAGAGCAGACACAGGCCAUCAUUGAUAAACAACAGACAAAGAAUAAAGAGUUUGGUGGAGGAAAAUGAGAGACUCACACAGACCUUUCGUACCACGGCAGA